AUGACACAGCAGGAACAGAUCGACCACCCCGUACCGCCCUCGGUCAGCGAGUACCGCUUCCCGGCUUCGUUCGACGAGUUCCCUCCGCUCCGCAACGAUGCCCUCCUCCAGUCGGCGCAGGGCGUCUCGCCAGUCGACCUGACACGUCUUCCGCCCAUUUGGAUCAUGCGCCAGGCCGGUCGCUACCUCCCCGAGUUCCAGGCGGUUCGUAAGGAGCACUCGUUCUUCACCGUCUGCCGGACGCCGGAACUCGCCUGCGAGGUCACUCUCCAGCCGAUCAGGCGGUAUGAAGGUCUCCUCGACGCCAGCAUCAUCUUCAGCGACAUUCUCGUCGUCCCGCAGGCGAUGGGCAUGGAAGUCCAGAUGCUCGGAGGCGUCGGCCCUCACUUUCCUUCGCCUCUCAAGAACCCCGAGGACGCCCAGUCUCGCAUCCUCGACCGCAAGGUCGACGUCUACGAGGAGCUCAAGUAUGUGUACGCGGCGAUCACCAAGACUCGGCAUGGACUCGAGGGCAAGGUGCCCUUGAUUGGCUUCUGCGCGGGACCGUGGACGCUGUUCGGCUACAUGGUCGAGGGAGGCGGCAGCAGGACGUGGGAGAAGGCAAAGGCGUGGGCGUACAAGAGUCCGGAGAACGCAAAGGCGGUGCUGCAGAAGAUUGCCGAGGUCAGCGCAGAGUACCUUGUCGGACAGGUGCAGGCAGGCGCGCAGCUCCUGCAAGUCUUCGACACGAACGCCGACUGCCUCACCCCUCACGGCUUCGACACCUUCAUCCUCCCUUACCUCGCCCUCCUCCCCAAACUCGUCCGCUCCCGCCUCGCCUCCCUUUCUAUCCCCUGCCCUCCCAUGACCGUGUUCGCCAAGGGCGCAACCUCCCCCGCGCAACUCUCGGCACUCUCGCAAAUCGGCUACCAAACCGUCGGCCUCGACUGGACCGUCGCACCUCGCUACGCACGACAACACACCGGCUCGCGCGUCGCGCUGCAAGGGAACCUCGACCCGUCUGUCCUCCUCGGCGGAAAGGAGGCGAUCAAGCGCGAGGUGCGCAACUUGACUUGGGGACCGGAUGGGUUCCUCACGUGCGCGAGGGAGGGCAUCAAGGGCGGGUGGAUCGUCAACCUCGGUCACGGCAUCACUCCGGGCGUCGACCCCGAGGAUGCACGGUACAUGCUGGAGCGGGUGCGGCGGGAGUGUGCGAAGAAGAGCAAGGACGAUGAGCCGGACGUAUAG